AUGGCCAACGUGAAGGCUCAAGCUGCCAAGGAUCAUGGAAACACCGCAUUUAAAGCAGGGGAUUAUCCGACAGCGAUAGGUCACUAUACAGCAGCGAUACUUGCGGACAGGAAGGAUGCUACUUUCCCUCUGAACCGUGCAGCAGCUUAUCUCAAGCUAGGCAAAUACGAGGAUGCAGAAAGAGAUUGCACAAACGUACUUGGUCUAAACCCCAAGAACGUCAAGGGCUUGUUCAGGAGGGGCCAGGCACGCUUGGGUUUGGGCAAACUGGUUGAGGCUCAACGAGAUUUCACCGAUGCUUUGCUUAUUGAACCGUCAAACUCGAGUUCCCAGGAGGAGUUGAAGAAGGUGACGAGUCUGAUCCAGGAGCAGAAGGCGAAGAAGUCGAAAGCUCCUAUCUCUCCUAUGCAGGCUACUCUGGACCCCAACGCUGCACCGAGACGUCGGCGGGUGCCUAUCACAAUCGUCGAGCCACCACCACAGGCGGGAUCUUCGAAGCUUGCACAGGCAGAGUCUGGCAAGACCGCGAAAAAACCGCAAGAUGCAACGAAGUCCAUCCCUCAGCCUCCUAAGGCAUUUACUGACACUCUCGAGGCUGUUUCGUCUCGGUCAUUGAAACCACCCCCGAGCUCGACCCCAACUACCAGUCCAAUCGUGGAAGCAACUUCGCCUAACGCAUCAUCGUCAGCUUCGACAUCACCGCCAACGUCCUAUUCGUCAUCUGAAACGUCUUCGGCCAAACCUGCCAGCUUCAUGGAUGCGAAGCAGGCACGCGAAAAUGCCAAACCCAGUCGGGUUGGUGGGGGCAUCUUUCGUGCAUCGGGGAAGAACACGAUCUUCCCAACUCGAGACAGUACGACGCUUGCAGAUACGCCUGUGCCUCCACCCGCGGCAGUCCCCCGGCCCAUUCUUACUCCUGUUAACCAAAAAAAUUCCCCGCCUCAGACGGCAUCUACCUAUGCGUUGAAUGGGUCCAUUCAUAAACCCCCUUCCUCCCUCUUCGAUUUUACAAGAGUUUGGGGCUCCUUGAAGUCUAUAGAAGAAAAGUGGCAAUAUCUUAACACCGUCCCACCGUCCGCUCUACCCACGUUUUGCAAAACCUCGCUGGAACCCUCUUUGCUCGUUUCGAUUCUUGCAACGUUCUUGGCCGCUCUCAACGCCGCCGGUGAGGACCCUGGAAUCAAGCAACGUGUGAACGAGUACCUGGACAACUUCGCGAAGGUCCCGAGGUUUGGGACACUCGUCUUGUUCUUGAGCAAGGAUGAGAAGAUGCUCGCAAAGCAAGUAUUGUCGUUGGUGGGUUUGGAGAAACCAACAGGGGUGUGGGCUCCUGUGGCAUAG